CGGCGGAGGAAGAACAAGUAGAAGUCACACUACACGAGAAACAUGGCGGCUCGUACCCGGCUGCCCUUGCUGUUCCCCAAAAACCUGCCUCCGUUUAGGAACCAAAAGCUUGUCCACACCGAGGCAGCGGCGAAGGAGCCCGCAUAUCCCCCUAUCGUCGCUUCUCUCACGGCUAAAAGCAAAUCUGCCCGGCGGCGUCAGGUUGAAGAGCAGAUACAGAAGAUACGAGCCUCCACCGUGCAGGAGAAGAUCAACCUCAUCACCCGCAUCCAACGGGAGAAAUUUGUCGUUUACCCUCAGACUUUCGCUCGCAACCCAGACAAAUGGUACCAGCACUUCACCAAGACCGCGUAUAUCCCGGGCCUGCCCGAGAAAUUUACACCGAGCCGGGAGCAGCCUGAGGGGGCAGAGGGCUCGCCGUCAGCCGAAGACCACGGGAGUGAAGAUGAGGCGUUCGCGGACAUCCGCUCCCUGGUGACCCGAGUGAUUUUACAGGAGCACUGGCACAUAAAGAAACGCAAAGUGUUCCUGUACAAAGAGCAGGAGCAGGUUGUGGGACCUUUUCUGAGGAACCUGGUGACCGGACUCACCUACAGUCUGGCCAAACAUAACCCGCUCCUCCUCCUCUCCAGUUUAGAUCUGAAUCCCCAGGUGAACUUCUACUGGAGGAGAGGCGAGAGGAUCAUCCCGAAGGGCCACAGGAGGGGCCGGCUAGAGCCAACCAGGUUCCAGAUUGACGACCACCCGCACAGUCAGAUUAGGAUAACUCAACAGCUGCCACAGUUUACUCCCAUGGAGGCCUCCUACUCAGCUGAAGUUCCAGAGGUCACGUUGCCUCCCAACAUGAUGCCUCUGUUCAGAAGACAGUACGACAACAACAUCUUCACAGGCGCCAAGCUACCAGACCCAGCAUGCUACGGUCACACUCAGUUCCACCUGGUCCCGGACCGCUACCACAGAGACCGGAUGGCCCGACAGCAGCAGUCUGACCAGGUGGAGGUCUUCCUCAGAGCCAAUGGCCUCGCCAGUCUCUUCGCAUGGACGGGAGCUCAGGCCAUGUACCAGGGUUUCUGGAACCACGAGGAUGUCACCAGACCUUUCGUGUCGCAGGCCGUGAUCACAGACGGACAGUUCUUCUCGUUCUUCUGCUACCAGCUCAACACGGUCGCUCUCUCCGUGGAGACGGACGCCGACAACCCCAGGAAAAACCUCCUGUGGGGCACAGAGAGCAUGCGACUCUACGACAGCGUGCAGGACGGAGAGGUGGUGGGCCUGAACGACGCCGUCGUCAAGCUGCUGGUGCAGUUCCUCAUGAACCAGCCGUAGAGUCUCUUCAGGUGUUUCGGCUUCAAAAAAAAUGUCUGAAAGGAGAUUUCCUCGAGUCCAAAGCAUUGAAAGAUGCACAGAAAUAAGGAAAGAACCUUUUGUAUGAAUAAUGUAUAAAAUGUAAUGUUCAAAACAAAGAGUAAUACAACCUUAUGAGUCUGAACAAAUGACUGUACAAGCAUCUCUGAUUAUUGUUGUCCAGAUUGUAUUUAUGCAAAGAUAAAAUAAUGGUUUUCAAAUCACAA